AUGACUUCACUGCCAACAUCACACUCGACAAUCCCUCCGCCAAUCCCCGUCGAAACACACCCCAACCGCAGCCCCAGUCCCGGUUCCCAAGCUCCUGAACAAGAUCGCAUCCCGGACCCCAAUCGCCUGGCGCCGGAGGAUGCAUACUUUGCGCCCUCGCUGUCGCGAGCUCGCUCUGCGCCGGCAAAUUACGAUGAUACCCUGGGUUCGCUGAAUGGCGAGGCGACGCUGCGCCCGCCGCGGGGGGUCCUUGGCGCGGACCCUAAUCGGAAGGAUGUGCGGAAAUUGGGAGCUGGCCCCGGUGUUGGGAGGAGGAGACGGAAGGGCGCUUGGAAGAAGUUGCUUUGGGUGAAGCAGUCUUAUCCGGAUAACUAUACCGAUACCGAGACAUUUCUGGACCAUCUUCAACGGAAUCCUCGAGUACGGCCAUAUGACUUUUGGCCGCUUGUUUCGGACUCGACGGUUAUCGUGCAACACGUUUGCUCUGUCGUCAUCUUUGUUUGCUGCUUUGUUGGUAUUGUGCAGGAUCGGGUCAGCCCUGUUUCGAUUGUUUGCUGGGGAAGCGUUGGUACCGCCAUGGGCUGGAUUCUCUGGGACAACUGGAUCUGGCGAGAACAGACGGAGCUGUCGAAUGCCAAUGGUGCCAUCGGGGGUGAUGAUGGCUCUAGUUCCAGCUCUAUGGUCAGUUCUGCCAACCCCCCCGGCAAUGAUACGCACGCCAAUGGCACGAAGGUCAGCCCGAUCCACGGACUUGGAUUGACGAUGGCUGCGAACAACUCCAAAGAGCAGCUUCCGCACCAAAGUCUUGACUCUAAUGGCAGUCUGGAUGGAGUGAUCGACGCCACCACACGAUCUGGUCUUCACCCUGCUCCACCAAAUGCUACUGUUGGUAGUGUAGACGCUCAAGACAUUGACCGAUCCUCCCUCUUCUCCUCUCGCAACCGCCAACGUCUCUCGACGGUGAAGUCCGCCUUCUUAAUUUACUUCUCCCUGCUGGGAUUGAGUCCAAUCCUCAAAUCUCUUACCAAAUCCACCGCCAGCGACUCUAUCUGGGCAAUGAGCUGCUGGCUCUUAAUCAUGAACAUAUUUUCCUUCGACUACGGAAGCGGCGAAGGCGCUGGCGCCACCAAGUUUCCCGCAUCCCUCUCCACAAACGCAGCCGUCAUGGCCUCCACCGUGCUUGCAUCUCGCCUACCAUCCACUACCCACGUAUUCAGCCUGAUGCUCUUCUCCAUGGAAGUCUUCGGGCUCUUCCCCAUUUUCCGCCGACAACUCCGCCAGAAAUCAUGGACUGGCCACGUUCUUCUCACCCUCGCCCUCGUGAUCAUCGCAGGUGGUGCCGUGGGCAUGACUCUCAGCGGUGGCUGGGCAUCCGCCAUUAUCGGAGCCUUCCUCGGUGGGCUUCUGACAGCACUUGCGAUGGGCGGCUGCAGUUGGUGGCUCAUUAGCUUGCAGAAGUACAAGAAUGUUGUAAUUGGGCCUUGGGAUCCGGCGCGACCUAUUAUUCGGCGGCACUGGAACUAA